AUGAACAGCAACGAAAACAACGAGACGUGCAGCCCGCAAGACUAUGCCAAGCCGCCGUCCAAGAACCAAAAGGACCUCGAGGUCCAGCUGAUCCUGUCCCUCGUCCUCGGCGUCUCUGCCCUGCUCGCCUUCUGCUUUCUACGCCCUCGAUGGCCGUUCCUCUAUUCUGCGCGCAAGCGCCGGCUCGAUACCAACGUCAGCCUGCCCACGCUUCCAUCCUCCUUUUUCGGCUGGAUCCCUAGGCUGUAUAGGGUUACCGAGGACCAGGUCCUUGCGUCGGCUGGCCUCGACGCAUUCGUGUUCCUGACCUUCUUCAAAAUGGCGACCCGUCUCUUUUGCGUCAUGUCUUUUUUUGCCGUCGUCAUUCUCUGGCCCAUCAACCACCACUACCGCCACUUCCAACCAACCCUCGGACGCAGUCGGCCGCCAGAUCGCCACGACGGUGACGGAGUGCCCGACGACAAGAGCGGCGAGCGCACCUACCUGUGGGCGUAUGUCGUCUUUACCUACUUCUUUACUGGGCUGGCCCUCUACUCCAUCAACUGGGAGACGUUUCGCAUUAUCCACCUCCGACAGAAAUAUCUCGGCUCGCAGUCGACCGUCACGGACCGGACCUUUCGCUUGACGGGCAUCCCGCCUGCCUACCGCUCCGAAGCCGACAUCAGGCGCCUCAUCGAGAAACUUGAGAUUGGCCGCGUCGACUCGGUCACGCUGUGCCGCAAGUGGGGGGCGCUUGAUGCCUUGAUCGGACACAGGGACCAGACGCUGCGCAGGCUGGAGGCCGCGUGGGCCACGCUCCUGAAGAAGCAGGAGACGGGCCCCAAGCUGCACAGCGACUCCACCCAGGCUCCCGGCCGCGACGAUGGAGGCGACGAGGAGUCUGGCGACAAUGCCCGUCUUCUCGCCAGCGACCCGCACCAGCCACACGUCUUCGAGGGCGACCGGCCUCGGAUCACCAUUCGAUACGGACCCCUCAAGAUGCGCAGUCGCAAGGUUGACGCCAUCGACUACUACGAGGAGAAGCUCCGCCGGAUCGACGAAAAGGUCAUCGAGGCUCGCAAGAAAGAGUACGAAGCCACCGACAUGGCUCUGGUGACUAUGGACUCGGUCAGGUCUUGCCUCAUGCUCAUCCAGGCCAGGAUAGACGCUCGGCCCGGCUGCCUCUUGACAAAGUCGACGCCGUCGCCGUCGGACCUGGUCUGGAAGAACACGUACUCGCCGCGCGGCGUCCGGAGGCUCAAGUCGUGGUCCAUCACCUUGUUCAUCACGGUCCUCACGCUCCUGUGGAUCUUCCCGACCGCCUUCCUCGCCUCAUGGCUAAGCAUCUGCACCAUCAAGCGCGUGCUGCCAACUUUUGCCCACUGGCUAUCCCGCCACCCCAUUAUCCAAACGCUCUUCCAAAACGGCCUUCCAACCCUCGUCGUCUCCUUGCUCAACGUUGCCGUGCCGUACCUCUACGACUGGCUCUCCAACCACCAGGGCAUGAUUUCCCAAGGCGACGUGGAGCUGUCGGUGAUAUCCAAAAACUUCUUCUUUACCUUUUUCAACACCUUCUUCGUCUUUGCCGUGUCGCGAACCGGGUUCGACUUUUGGAGCGUCCUGCAAGACAUGCUGAAGGACACGAGCAAGAUCCCGGCCGCCAUUGCGGUCGACGUGGAAGAUAUGUCCAUCUUCUACAUCAGUUUCAUCAUGCUCCAAGGCAUUGGGCUGAUGCCGUUCCGGAUCCUCGAGGUCGGCAGCGUGUUCCUGUAUCCCACAUAUCGGAUGAUGUCGACGACGCCGCGCGACUUUGCCGAGCUCAAGAAGCCCCCCGUCUUCCAGUACGGCUUCUACCUGCCUACAUCGCUGCUCGUCUUCAACUUGUGCGUCAUCUACAGCGUGCUCAUGUGGGGCUUCGCCAUCCUCGUCUUUGGGACCAUUUAUUUCGCGCUCGGAUACCUGACUUUCAAGUACAUGGUGCUGUACGCAAUGGACCAGCCGCAGCAUGCGACGGGCGGCGCGUGGCGCAUAAUCUGCUACCGCAUCGUCGUCGGUCUCAUCGUGUUUGAGGUUGUCAUGGUCGGGCAGAUUGCAUCGCUGUCGGCCUUUGUGCAGUCGGCGGCCAUUCUUCCGCUUAUCCCCUUUACGAUUUGGUAUAGCUACUACUUUAAGCGGAGAUUCGAGCCUCUGACAAGGUACAUUGCCCUGCGCGCCAUUAAGAGGCCAGGCAGGCAGGCCGCCGGGGACGAGGUCAUUGUGGAUUCUUCUGACGACGACUCGGACUCGUCGCAGCCAUCGAGGGUCCCGCUGCGAAGGGGAAGCACCCUGGACGAGCUCAGGGAAAAGGGCUUGGUGUUUGUCAAUCCGAGUCUUGUCGUUCCCCUCCAAGGACCCUGGAUAUACAAGGACCCGCCCCCGUCGAUACCGCCUGAAGACGGGGAGACCGAGCCCGAAGCAGAUCGGUCGUCGCAGAGCCGGCCGGCGUUUGUGUUGCCUGAUGUGGAUAGUUCGCUGGGCAUUGGCGAUGACAACGUAUGGAUCCUCGUCUCGCGCGGCGUUGCAGGGACCCGGCCCCGGAAGCAAUCGACGGGCCCCUCGCAGCCACCGACGCCGGAGGAGAGAGCACUGGGCACCAUGGCCCUCGUGGCGCUCAUCUCGAGCGGCAGCGCAAGGCUUCGCGCCCUGCCGGGUCGAGAGGCCGACGUGGAAAAGAUCCCCGAAAGCAUGUGCACAGGCCACGAGAGCGACUACGACGGCAAGCCGAGCUCGAUGAAGGUUCCGACAGAGAUUAUACAGCAGAUAUACCUUCUCCUGACCCCCGGCGACUUCAACGCCGCGCGCCACAGCUGCCGGUCGUGGUUCGUCGCGAGCCUCAACCGCGUGCUGCUCAUGGAGAUGCUCAGGAAGGGCGGAUGGUCGCCGGGCCUCAACCAGGAGCGCAUCAUGAGCAAAUGGAUCUCGAGGGAGUGCAAUCUUUCCGACCCCAGGCAGCGCGCCUUCGCCGAGGUUGGACACACCGACUUUGGCGACAUGGUGCAAAUGACCAAGGCCGGCAGCCUGCACGGCGCCGUGACGUUUACCGUGAGCCUCUGCGGAAGGUAUGUCACGGCGACGCACGGCCAGAUUGCCCACGUCUACGAGCUCAACCACGUCUGUCCCCCGGGCCGGUCGGCGUGGUCGAUUCCCCUGCGGCGCCGGCAGGGCAUGCCCCUGGGCUUCCUGCGUCCUGUCACGACUGUGGUCUGUCCCCGACGCAUUAUAUCGUGCAGCAUGGACACGUCGGCCGGGCGCUACGCCAUUGCGUUCCUCAUGGACGGACGGGUGGGCAUGGUGUGCGACAUUGUGCGCGAGGGCCAGAGGUGGCCCAAGUCGCCGUGCCCUCCAGCCUCGAACGAGAGCUCGGCCCCGGCCUCUGGCACGACGUCUCCUCACCCGGCAGCAAAAGCGUCGAGGUCGUGCGUCUGCCACGAGCGCUCGCCGCACCGCUCGCCGCGCGUCGAGGGCGGGCAACGGUCUGUCUACCGGAACAUUUGCCACGCAGACGACCCUCCACGAUCCGUGGCGAUAUGCCCGCAACGAAACUGCGUGGCCUUUGGGUGCGGCGGCGGCAUCGAGCUGCACUGGGUCGAUGCCCUGGCGGGCCAGGACCUCAGCCGCUGGUUCCCCCUCUCCUCUGCAAGCGACUUUCUUUACUUCUUGCCGGCUCGGCGGGGGCUGGAUACGGCCAAGAGACUCAGGCUCAUCAGCUCGGCAGCCGCCCUCGCGAAUACAAUCGACUCGAUCGGCGACAUACUCCAUGGAUUCGGCACAAGCCUUCUCGGAUCCGGCAGCUCGGCGGUCGUGUCGCUGACAACCUCGGUCCCGGGCCAGCCAUUGAGCAGCCAAGGCCCGCUCCCGGCGGGGGCUCUGCCGGACUGGGCCACGCCGAGGCGGCCGAGCGGUCUCCUGGGCGGCGACGAGAGACAUGUAGACCACUUCCGCAGGGUCUCGGCGGGGAGCGCGGACCACUACCGCGCGGUGCCCCUGAGCGACGGAUACCACAUCUUGUUUACGGAUCCCAGGACGGGCAACCUCUGCCUCGGGACGGAUGCCCCGGUGGGCUCCCUGACUCGUCUGCUGCGCAAGGUAUGGUUCCGACCACCGGCAGCCGCCGUCUCGCCAGCGCCGAUCCUGUAUGCCGCCGGGGCAGAUACUCGCCACGGGGUGCGCGUGGUGGCUUCAUUUGCGGUGGUGGUGUUUUACUCUGUGCCACCAGACUUGUUCCACGACACGACCCCGGGGGUUGUCGUCUCCCCGCCGUCGGCGGGUGAAUCGGCUGCGGGAAAUGCGGCGUGGCAGCCCGACGAAAGCUACCGUGCCGUCGACAUCUUUAGCGAGCCCUUUCAGAGCAGCACGGCGUACCCCAUCGAGAUCAGCGGACAAGCAGUAGCGACGUGCAGCCAGCUGAGCGAGCUGGCGCUGGAAUCGUCGCCCGAGAUGAUCAUCUGGGCCUUUAGCGCCGAGGGCUGGGCCAAGACGUGGGCGGUGGAGGCGGGCGGCUCCGAGGCCUACACCAAGACGACGGUGCAGCGAGACGGGAGCGUGCGGCGCAUCGACUACGAAGGAGACGUUGCCAUGGUGGAGGGCGACGAGGAGGAAGACGGCCGGUGGGACGCGGGCCUCGUGUACCUCCAGAGGUAUGACGGGGCGGCGGGCAGCACGCCCGUCGAGGCAGAGUCUCCGCCGCAGGGCUACUUUGCGCGCAGGAGGCCCCGGGGGGGCGAGCGGAUGAGCGGGACGGUGAGCGUCGACUUGGUGGAGGAGGUGCAGGGCAUCGUGAGGCUUGAUGUGGAGUUGCGGUAG